AAGAAGACAUCCCAGCUACGGAGCGGAAGUAGUUGUGCUUUUCUUCCGGUAGCGGCACAUGUGCUCAGGUUGCUCGCGUGCACGCCGAAGUACGGUGGAAGAGCAACAAACGUGUUCUACGUCGACUUAGCACUCUAAAAGUUCAACGCAACAUGAGGCCAGGGUUCAGUCCAAGAGGUGGCCGCGGCAGAGGAGGAUUUGGUGACCGCGGGGGAGGACGAGGAAGUUUUGGUGACCGCGGGGGAGGACGAGGAGGAUUUGGCGACCGCGGAGGACGAGGAGGGUUCAGAGGAAGAGGUGGAUUCAAAUCUCCAGAUGGAGGUGGGUUCAGAGGACGGGGCGGUGGCAGAGGUACGCCAAGAGGAAGAGGAGGAAGGGGUGGCAGAGGCGGCUUUGGAGCAGGAAGGAAGGUCAUGGUGGAGCCACACAGACAUGAAGGCGUGUUCAUCUGCAGGGGAAAGGAGGACGCUCUGGUCACCAAGAACAUGGUGGUAGGCGAAUCAGUGUAUGGAGAGAAGAGGAUCAGCGUGGACGAGGGUGAAACUAAGAUCGAAUACAGAGCGUGGAAUCCUUUCCGCUCCAAGCUGGCAGCGGCCAUCUUGGGAGGAGUUGAUCAAAUUCACAUCAAACCCGGAGCAAAGGUCAUGUACCUGGGAGCCGCUUCUGGUACGACAGUGUCUCACGUCUCGGACAUUGUUGGGCCGGAAGGGCUGGUGUAUGCUGUAGAGUUUUCUCACAGAUCGGGUCGUGACCUUCUCAAUGUGGCAAAGAAACGCACCAACAUCAUUCCCAUCAUUGAAGACGCUCGCCACCCGCACAAGUACAGAAUGUUGGUUGGAAUGGUGGAUGUCAUUUUUGCUGAUGUUGCCCAGCCCGACCAGACGAGGAUUGUUGCCUUAAAUGCUCACAACUUCCUGAAGAAUGGCGGACACUUUGUCAUCUCCAUUAAGGCUAACUGUAUCGACUCCACAGCUGCUCCAGAGGCCGUGUUUGCCUCCGAAGUGAAGAAGAUGAGUGCAGAGAACAUGAAACCACAGGAGCAGCUCACGCUGGAGCCCUACGAAAGAGACCACGCGGUGGUGGUGGGCAUCUACAGACCUCCACCGAAACAGAAGAAAUGAGACGUGUCGAAGGAGCCGCGCUCAACCGCCAUCUGCCAUCUUGCUUUACUUCUUCGCUGCUCAACCACAUGACGUCCUACUAGGACGUGCAAAACACUCGGGACUGGACUCUACCAGUUUUGUUUGUUGGGAUUGACUCUAUUCCAUCCUAGCGACUGGCAAUUUUGGAGCUGAUUAGUUUUGUGUGCAGACAGUACUUUUCCCUUUUUUUAUUUUUAUUUUUAACCUUUCAAUUAUGUACAUUUUCUCGUGCUCUUUUCAGAUAGUCUUUUUCUAGUCAAGACGUCCCAGUGUGUCUAGCACCAAAAUACUGUCAAACAUUUUGCGGAGUUUGGCAACUUUGUCACACUUUCAUUUCAUAGUGAAUAUUAUCAGUGGACGCGCAUGUGGGUGACUUUGGAAAAACAUUUCUUAUAUGACCGUGUUUAGUUUUGUCAACAUUUUGAUUACAGACCGUAGGAAUGUUGCCAUCAUGACACAUAUGAGCUGUAAAUAAAACUUUUGCUUUCCA